UGGGUGUCGUCAUGUAUUACUUUUACGAGAAGGGCAAGUGGAAUUGACACGUCGUGCAAUCUGCUCGGGCGUGAUUGCACGAUUACAUCUCGGGUGUGUCGUGCAAGUAGAAACGUAAAGUAACACAAACGCAAUGAUGUUUGUGAAGAUACUGAAGUUGGGCAGUAGACCACUUUCAGAUUUCAGAGAAGUCCCGUCCAUGUUAGCGAUAUGGGGAGAACAGAUUUCAAGUCAGGUUGAAAGAAAAGUCAUGUUUACGUUAUUGAAUUGAAUUUAAAUUAUUAUUUCCAACUGCUUUAAAUGAUUAUUGGUCAAUACAUGUUCAUCUUCAAAGCAAACUCGCAGUUUCAGCAAACAGCACAUCGUUAAAGUGAAGCUAGCAUCAGUACCGACAGCAGCACGAAGGAAACCAUCCUGAACAGAACUGCAGAGAGUCGGUUACGUCACCGCUGACAUCACGACACAAGCCCGUGCUGCUUGGAUGACGUUACUGCAUUUCUGAAGAGGUCGAAGGUGAAGCGUGCCUGGUUACCAAGGAGACACAACAUGGCGAGAGUGCGUGCGAGUCUCCUGGAAAUGAAAUAAACAAGACAGCGAGAAAACACCGUCCAGUAGUUUGAUACGUAAUUUUCAGCCGUGGGAAAUGAAAACGAUGAAGCUCGGUAUUUGUUCUGGACACGAUGAAACGGAUCCGCUUCAUUUAAACGGCGCUAGUAGUAUUGCAGAUGAAAGUCAGGCAUGGAUAAAUACAGAAUAAUUGGUAAAAUCGGUGAAGGCACGUUUUCCGAAGUGGUGAAGGCGCAAAGUGUCCAAGACGGGGGUUAUUACGCGUGCAAAAAGAUGAAGCAGCGCUUUGAGAGCACAGAGCAAGUGAACAACCUGCGUGAAAUCCAAGCCAUGAGGAGACUGAGCCCUCAUCCCAAUAUUCUACAGCUGCACGAAGUGCUUCAUGAUAGAAAGACGGGCUCCCUCUCUCUGAUAUGCGAGCUCAUGGAGAUGAACGUCUAUGAGUUAAUACGAGGACGAAGGGAUCCUUUACCUGAAAAUAAAAUAAAGAGUUAUAUGUACCAGCUGUGUAAGUCUCUGGAUCACAUGCACAGAAAUGGAAUCUUUCACCGAGACGUGAAGCCAGAAAACAUCUUGAUCAGGAGAGACGUACUGAAGCUAGCUGAUUUCGGCUCCUGUAGGAGUGUGUACUCGAAGCCACCAUACACAGAAUACAUUUCCACCCGCUGGUACCGAGCUCCAGAGUGCCUCCUUACGGACGGGCACUACAGCUACAAAAUGGACAUGUGGAGCGCCGGCUGUGUCUUCUUUGAGAUCGUCAGCCUAAAUCCGCUUUUUCCUGGAUCCAAUGAGCUAGAUCAGAUUUCCAAGAUCCACGAUGUGCUUGGCACUCCGGAUGGUGCUGUUUUAAGGAAGUUUAAGCAGUCCAGAGCAAUGCGCUUCGACUUCCCUCCAAAGAAAGGCUCUGGGAUCUCCCGUCUGAUUCCCCGCAGCAGCUCCGAGAGCCUGUCGCUGAUGUACGAGAUGCUGCAGUACGAGCCGGAGGAGAGGACCAGCAGCAAGGCAGCGCUGCAGCACCCUUACUUUAAAGAGCUCAGGGUGGCAGAGAAACAAGCUGCCACACUGCGGCGCGCGAUCGGAGCCGUGCAGCAGGGUGAGAACAGCGGGACCCCCAACUCAAUAGAUAACCUCUGGAGAAUUGCACGGCAAGGAAGAAGACCGCAUCAUAUAAAACACGUGCAGGAGCCUCUGGUGAGACGUCACGGUCCUCCUUAUCCGCUGGAAUUGCCAAAGUUAAACGUAGCUGCACCGAAGAUACCCACAUACCCCAUGACCUCUCUGACGUCAGUCCUGUCACAGAACGUAACUCUCCCAGUGCUGCAGCCAACAAAAUCCAAUGGAAAAACCAACAAGCCUAGCAAAGAACAUCCACUUAAACCUUGUUUGAAAACUUACCACAUCCCACCUUUGGAAAGAAAAGGAGGCGACUUGUGAAACUCAAAUGCGACUCAGUCGUUGCAUGCCAGACUUCCUCUGAGGAUGGAAGAAGGUGUUGUCAAGUGAUCAAAUGGAAAGACCCUCUUCCACUGCCAGGCAUGCUGUACACGGGACAUCUCUUGUGCCUUCUCUCAUUGACAAUGGUUACGUGAAGCAGCGACAGGACUGUAAAGCAGCACCUGAUCCUGGCAGUGGAGGACAUAAUGUACCAAACUGCAUUUUGUUAGGGCAUUUUAAUGCACUUUAUAUAUAUUACAAGAAUCUGUUUCUACAAGUGUUCUGAACUGUGUGCUUCUACCCUCGAGAAACCUUAAAAAAAAAAAAACACACACACACAAAACCUGCAACUUGUCCUGGCAUGUACAACUGAAAGGAAGCUGGCAGUGGGCAGUGUUACCCGCUUUAACUGGGAAUCCUCCAGCAACUGCCAGCACUCAGUCACACACCGGGCUUCACUACAAACACAAGUCCUUUCUAAUGUAAUCGCUAUCUUUAUACUUGGUUUAUAUUUGUUACUAAGCAGAUAAAUAAAGUGUGUGUGUGUUGGUGUAUCCCCUGUAUACAAUGGUGGCAUUUACCAGUAAUUAAACAAACCAAUUGGAAGUACAUUAUUAUUAGUAUUUUCUCUAUAAUGGGGAUACUUCUGGUCAUCGAUAAACUGGCCCAUAUCAAACAAUGCAUAAAAAAAAAAAUCGCCAGCAAACAAGGGGUUACACUUAGAGGAAAUUAAUGUUUAUGUUUGUAAAUAUGAUCCUUUCAGGAGCACAGCUGGCUUGGUAUUUGAAUGUUUUUAAAUAUCUAAACUAUACAGAGAGUUUGCUGUUAUGAGCUGCAUUGAAAACAAUGAGCAGUGUUUAGUAUAUUAACAGAGGUGCUGCAUCAUACAGACACUUGUUACAAAUAAAUAUGAUCUAUUACCUAUGCCAAGUCUCUGUAUAGGAACCACCCUCAAAUCAGAACUGUAAUACCAAGAUCAUAAAACCUACACAAGAAGGGUUUCGGUUUUCUUUUCUAGUUUUUACCUAUUGUUUCUUCAAACUGUUUAUAAAACAUUUUGUACUUACAAGUUUUCAUUAUAAUAAGUAUCAGAUUUGUUGAGCAUUGCAUUGUUUUCAAAUCCAAUAAAAGCUCCUUAGAAUAUUUCAAGCUGUUUUUGCACCAAGAUAAAUAACACACACAUAGUGGGCUGGCACUGUAGGUAGAAUAAAGUACUAACCCUCGCUCUUAGUGAAAGUGACUUGCAGGGACGACAGGGAUGUUGGAUUCCACUCCAUUUCCAACACGUUCAAACCGGAACAUAUCAGGACUUUUCUGUAAGCACUCAAAACAGCAACGACGAGAACCCCGAAAUCAAAGUGCUGUUACUUUAUGAUGCUCCGCAACAUUAAUGCAUACAAUGAGACUACAGGUGUAUGUGGAAAAGACUGAACACAUCCUGAAUACACAAUCUACUGUAUACAGCACUACAGCUGACCUCUAAACUAUUAAAACCCUAAUAGAAGUACAAAUAUAUAUUUAACCCUUUUG